AUGAAAGAGUGGUUGGAUGAAUAUAGAGAGGAAGUAGUAGAUAAUAUCCAGGAAGAAGUAGUAUAUGAUGUACAGGCUGAUGUUGAAACGAGUGAGACAAAGCAUAGGAAUGAAAAUUUCAACCCUCAUUUUUUCAAAAAAGAUAAUGCUCCAGAUUGUGAGAUGGGUGAGAAUAUAGGUCAUCGUAAACCUGUUGAUGUUGACAUGGUUGAGAAUGAAGCAGAAGAAGUUGAUAGUGCUGAUGAUUUGCCAAAUAUUUUCAAUGAAGAGCAACACUGGAAGGAGCAAAAACCUGUGGCUUUAGGGGUCAUGGAUGAGUGA